GGAGCCAUCUCUGACGCAGGGAAAUUUUGGCGCCUUUGUUUAUUCUGGUUCUAUUCUAAUGGUAAUCGACAAACUGUGGACUAUGCACUGUUUAACACACACCAGUGCUUUUGCAGUCGCGAAUGAUACAUUGAACGUCUGUUUAUCUUUGGAUAAGCAGCUGAUAGAAGACUAAUAAUACGGCAGCAAGAACGACUCCAUCUGGUAAGUGAGGAAGCGCAGAUGUAAGCCUUCGAUCAGAGGCUCGAUGUCAUUUGACUUGAAGUUGAAUCUAAGGCGAUCCCCUCGACAUGACUGAUGUCUAUGGACAUAGUAGAUGUAUUCAGCGGUCUUAUCAAAUGCUAUCGACUCAAGAGACAAACAGAAGUCCACGGCACGCACAAUCCGGCGUGGGGUAUGCGAGAGGCAUUCCACAGCACGUUGCAAGAAUGCACCUUCCUAAUCUUUCCUCUACUGGAGGACUCGCCUGUGGGUCAUCACCAUUUAAUGACGAUCUCCUACCGCUGACCAAUUCAUCUAUUCAUUCACACUGUAUCCAGCCCAGACCUCUUCGUCCUUGCUUUCGCAGUGCUCUCACCGAUACUAACUGGCCCGUUGUGCAACCAGUCUUUGUGCCAGUGGACACAAGCCAAAUUCGGGUUCAAACGGGAUGCCACCAGCGUCCAUCGCCUUGCCAUGCGAGUGUGUGUAGUUGCUGGGAUCAUCUCAGCCCGUGUGGCUGCUCUGCUUCUGCUAAACGACCACGUCUCGAAGGAGGAAGGCAGCUGAUUCCGAUCGAGACUGGAAUUCCCAGUCAUGUGACAAAUGCGAGAGCACAAAACUCGCCGGGGCAGAAAGAAUUGUCCGUGAAAUCUUCACAGACACGCAGACCCCCAGACUCUCCACCACCUCUCGUGAAAAUCUCUCCGACAGUCAUCCAUCAGAAGACAUCAGAGGCACGUUCUAUGCCUGAAACACGAAGAGCAUUGCACUCGAGAAGUCCUUCAGUUAUUGCUUCCAGAAAUGUCAAACCAGUCCAAAGACACGUGAGCCUCAAAGAUAGAAAUGGUUGUCCUGGAACACACUCUCCUGUGUUGAGAGAUUCUUCGUCUACAUUGUGUACAAUUGGUCCGCUUAGCUCCCCCACGAAAAAUUCUACGCUUUCCAAAUUCAACACAGACAGUCCCCAUGGCCCGAAAAGCAACACGACUUGUGGGAAAUUCGAGGACGAGGAGAUUGGAUGUAUGCAAUGUCAUACUUCGGUGCAUCAUGAAAACCCGAAGGACGAAUUCCUGCCAUCACACCAGACAAAGAUAAAGUACUCUGAAAUCCGUGAUUUGUGUACUGAAAGCAAGAUGAGGUCAAAUGAGACUGUGAGGCACUUUCUUUUCACUGAAGCUGGCGAUGACAUCCUACACUUCAAUCGCGCACGACAUGGAGAACUACAACAGAACCAUAAAAAAAAAUCGCUUGCAAAAUAUCGAGGGCGACUUUUUGUUGCAUGCGAAUGCGCCCAAACCUAUCAACCUCACCAUUUUGAUGGAAAUUUAGAACGUAAGCAUCAUCCAUCAGUCGAUCAUUGUUGCAAACAACCCGUUGAACGCAUACCAAUGAAAGCGACGUGGCGAAAAUCUGUAAUUAGGCAUCAUCAAACCACCAAUUCAAAGUCCUCAGGUCAAAAGGUAGAACCCCAAGUGAACAAAACGAGGAACUGUAAUUGCGACGAAAGCAGCAAUCCCAAAAAUCAAGAAUUCAAUGAUCACCCAGACGCAGAGUUUUUCAAACAAUCAAAACGAGUUCAAAAGUUUGCAACUAAGGCUGGAAAUAAAAUAGCUCGAUUUUACCCUAUAUCGAGAGUAGAAAGCCAUCAGAAGUUCGAAGAUGCCUCCAACAAGUCGGAAGCUUCAUACUCAAGAUUUCCAGAGUCAAACAUUCCACAACUACGUCGUGGGAGACCUCGCACUCGAGGUAUUAAGGAUAAAACUCGUAUCUACGAUGGAAGUCUGACUUUCGGUCCCACCAAGAGCCAGUCUCGUCAGAGCGUAAUCAUGCCAGGUGAUGUACCUAAGUUUAAUGGCAAUGUGGAAGAUCCGAAUGAUGAAGUGUUUUAUGAACAAUCCUGUGCUGACAUGAACAACAAUGAAACGGUCGCACUGGACAACAGCCGAUAUCGAUCAGCUGUGUCUGACAAUCACUCAACCACAAACACGAGACCUUUUGUAAAUGGACACCAAAUGAGAAGGAAAUUUACAGUAUCAGGUCAUACUAAGCUAGAAAUGCACGUCAGAGAACCUCUAGAUGUAAACACAGAUGCCAGGCUCACAUCUUCUCGUGACUACAGCAAUGAUCAUGGUCUGCUGCAGAGAGGCUCACCGACGCAUUAUCACGAGGCAUCUAGAGACAACUGUCAGAAAUCCCUCUUUGUUUUAAAUGACCAGACACCUAACGUCAGUGUCUCACGUCGAGGGCAAAAAAGAAGUCCGUCAACACCAUGCUAUAAUUCUUCAAGGUUUGUUACGAGCCUUAAUGACUUGCUGAAACGCAGGACCAAAUCUGCAGAGGAACUUUACCCAACAAAGAGUUUCCCGUUUGGUGGAAAACAGAGGCAGGAUGACCUACAGUUUGAAAAUAAUCCAAAUGAAGUCCAAAAUUCACAUAGGAAAGAACAAAUCAAAGAGGUAACGAAAGAAAAAAGCAGGUGGGAUUCCAAAGCUCCUGAAAAAAAUCGAAACGCAGAAAACUUUGACUGCUCUGUAGACCAAAGAGAAAUAAUGGAAUUUGGAAAGAACGGCCCAAAACAAGAAACGAGACAGUCAGCAACUUUUAGAUUAUCCACGACCAAACGUGAGCAAGCCAAGUGCCAUGCUUUUAAAACAAAAGCAACCAAUAGCCAGGAAAACAAAAUUUCCAUUGUUGUGGGAAAGAAGGGGUCGAAGUGCCAAUCUCCUAUGUCACAAGCAGUACCACCUCCUUCUGCUGAAGAGGAACCUGAGGGCAUGCGCGAUAGUUGUGGUGGUUAUGCGAUAGACCAUAGUUUUCUUCCUAAAAUUGUGGCCGUACAUUCUAUUGCCAAUCGAGAUGAUACGCCUGGGAAAGACGAUCCCAAGAUAUUUUCUGAGAAUAGUAAGAAAUAUUGGAACGAUCUUCUUAAAAAACUCACCUCUGAAAUAUGCAAUGAUUAUGAGGACACUCAGUCAUUGAAGGAUCCCAUUCAAAGGAACCCUGCGUCGAGCCAUACAAUUGGCAGUAGUAGUCUCCGAGAGGAGAGCAAGAUCGACGACUCUCGGUUUGAACCUUCCCCAAAGGACGGUAAUGUUGCCUUUCUUUACAAUGUGGAGUCGAGCAGUUUAUGCGGGGUCAAGAUGAAUAAUGGCAGUCCUCCGUGCGAUAUGAACUAUUGUCAUGUAUCGUCAUCACAAAAUAUGACAUCAGAAGUUCCCAGCCCGUUACCUAUCGUUGAAUCUGAGGGGAAAAAAACCCCGCUACCGCGCAAAAAACAAACCGUUGCGGAAUUGAGCCAGAAAAUCUUGACUACUCGUGAUAGGAUCAAGCAGGAGACAAUUGCUUGGAAAAAGAAACUUCUUUAUAGCCUGGAAGCUAUAUUCAUCAAAAAGCUACGAAAAAUUGAGAAGGAAACCGGUGAGAAAGCCGAGAUUCCCUUUGAAGAAACAGUGACUAAAGAGGAGUCCAAAGAGAAAAAAAAUGGAUCUAAAGAGAGACGACAGAGUAAUGGAGAAAGGGAGAAGGUCGCCGUACCUCGUCACAAGUAAACUACGAAAAAGAAACUGUGAACAUUUUAUAGCGCAGUUUGCGUAAAUAUGAAAGAAAUUUCGUUCCCUCCAUCAUUUGCACAUGGAUUCCUUUGCGCUUCACGCAAAUAAUACCCCAUUGACAUCAGCAAAAAAUGUAUAGUUAAACCAGGUUCAACUGAAAGAGAAUCAGAAACAGAGAACUGAAAAACUGGGGUUUUCCAUAGGAUUCGAGUAGCCCCCACAACUAGUAUCUUCAAUGUGUGUUUAAUAACAGGUUAUUAACAUGUUUAAGCUUUGGUGUGAAUGCGGCAUAAGGUUUUGAAUUUUUUAGCGCAUCGUAAUGCUUUAACCGCCCGCAUAAUUGAAUAUAGCUCUCUCCUGAGGAAUAUUGCCGCCUCUUAUGAUUUUUUUUUCCAAGUAUAACCUUCCAUAUUAUACUAUGCUAGUUGUUUCCAGUCCACCGCGUUUUGCAAGCGGUCAGUUUUGCACGAGACAUUGCUCAGAGGCAAAUGAAGUUAUGAAAAAUGGUGACCUACCUGUAGUUCUUUUGGCACAUCACCACAAUAUUUCAAGUAUUUGCUCUAUUCAGCUUCGGCUCAGAUUUAACAUAUACCGAGUUUUAAUCAA